GUCUCUAUUUUUGUCCCAACAGAAAACAUCUGACUCACGAAACUCUCCUCUCCUGCUGUUAUAAACCGCGCGAGAAAAUAAUUGAACUUGUAAACUAAUUAACGGAAUAAAGUUAAGUUAGCAUGAUAUCAAACAUUAUAGAGAAGUAGUAGACUGUGGUAGUACAUUACAAAUUUACAUUUCUGUAAAAUAAAUUAGAAUUUUCUUAAAAUGAAACGAAAGAGAGAAAAGGAAUCGUCCGAUUUAUCAGACACAGAGCACAUGCAGGCAUUUAAAAAGCAUAAAAAAUCUAAAUUUAAAAAGGAAAAGAAGAAGAAAGAAAAGAAAGCCAAGAAAGAUAAGAAAAAGAAAAGUAAAAAAGAAAAAAAGCAUAAACAUGAGAAGGAGCGAAGUCCUGAGAAGAAUGGUGAUGAAGAACGGAGUGAAGUACAUAAAAAGCGUGCUCCGAUGACUAAAGAAGAAUGGGAGAAACAACAGAAUCACAUUCGUAGGGUAUUUGAUGAGGAUACUGGAAGGAUGAGGUUGGUUCGAGGAUCAGGAGAGAUUAUGGAAGAAUGUGUCUCCAAGGAGCGCCAACAAGCCAUCAAUAAACAGGCAACUCUGGCUGACGGAGCUGGUUUCCAGAAAAGUUUAGCGAGACAGCUUAAAUGAAUAUUUAUGUAAAAACCUUGCAUUUCUUAUCUGUGUUAUUUGUUAUUUGGGUUUUCAAAUCCAAACCUUCUAUUUAUUAUUUAAAAUUUCAGA